AUCGAGGAUGGCAUUAGAUGUAAAUACGAUACGUCCACACUGAUCGCGUCAACGUGCAAAAGAGACGACUCGUCUCCGAAGAGAAACUGAACGUCGAUCGAACCAUAUUGCAACACGACGGGUCUGCUGUGCGCGGCGAUAAUGUCGGACCACUGGGAGGAGGUGGACUGGGACCGCGAGGCGCUCGAGCGAGCCAACGUCAGCCCGGUAACGUGGCUGCUGGAUGGCAAAGUGGGCAGGAUCGAGCCGACGCUCGGCGGCGGAUCGUCGCAGCAGGCCAAGCACCACGUCGUCGGCGACAGGAGCCGCGCUCAGCCGGCCUUCGUCGUGCCCAUGCACGGCGGCAUCUGGACCAUGUGCGUCUCGCUCACCGACGAGGAGAUCGAGCUGCUGGGCCGCGUGGGCUUCCCGCAGGAGCGAUGCAUCAACUACCUGACGCCCGACGAGGCGCACGAGGAGAUGCGCGCCGCCUGGCAGAACCGCAUGCAGAACUUGAGCAUCUCGUGCUCGCUGGUCUGCCUGAUAAUCCUGGGCGCCGCGGUGUUCGUCGGCUUCUUCGGCCUCUGCAGACACCAGAUAUCCGCGGUGCUCGUCACCGGCGUUAUGUAUCUACUCGCAGGUAGGUAUCGGAUCGUCGGCCGCGCCACUCGAACUUUCAGCACGGCGCUCUGGUUAGCUGCACUCGAUCGAUGCGCCAGAAACGGCCGCGCGCUCGCACCCGUCCGUCCUCGCUUCCUCAGUCCACCCCCACGGCGCCUCGACGAGUGGGACAACCGCGUGUGCCUCUGUUGCAGCCACCUUCGCGCUGUUCACGCUGACGAUAAUCCACUGCAAGCGCUCGCAGGACCGCGCGAACAACCGGGUGAUCCUGGACGGGCCGGAGGACGGCGUGGUGGGCGGCACGGUCGACCGGCAGCUGCUCAAGGCGCGCCGCUUCGUCAACUCCUGGAGCAUGGACUUCGGCUGGAGCGGCGUGACGCUGUCGGCGCUGGCCUCGCUCGCCUGGAUCCUGCUCAGCAAGAUCAUGCGCUUCAGCCCUAUCUCGGCCAUGAUCGCGUAGCAGCGCGAGGCCUUCGAGGUCUAAGAUGACUUUUAGGCCGCCCGUCCGCCAUAUCGCCGACGCGCCAGACGACAUCGCAGCGCAGCUUGCCCGCAUCGCACACGCCCGACAAUCACUCGCAGCUUCUUCGCGUCGCUUACGCAGCGUCGUCUCUCGCGUCGUCUCCCGCGUCGUCACCGGACGGACGUACGCUCGUACACGUCUGUACCUCGAAGGUUCGCUGCGACGACAGCAGCCUCGCGCGUUAACGCGAGACUUUUCGCCCCUUCGAUCGCCCGCGCGACGGACGACUUCGAAGGGUCACGACGUUCUCCUCUGCCGCGCGAGUCCUGCUCCCCCCCUCCCCCCAGCCCAAGACUGCGACUGCUUGGAAAGAGAAAUGUCUCGUCUGAAGCUGCUGACGCUCAAGCGGCAAAUGUAUUUUUCAAUUGAGCGGUUUUUUUCUCUUUGUCAAUCGGCGGGCGUCGACUUUUUACUCUGACAAAAAACAAUAACGAACGCGAACGAAAGCACGUUGGAUUUAGGGCUAAGAUUUUCAAGACAGAGGCUGCUAUUCGUUUCAAAACAAUAAGUAUAGAUAAAAGACUAUUCGGUAGAUGUACGCGAUGUCUAAAUAAACAAACAGUCGUUCAAUAAGCACAGCGUAAUAGCAUACCACAAAGUUCGUGACCUGCAGAAAUACACACGCGCAUGCGCGCCCUUACUUUUUACAGAUAAAUAGAACUUUCAGCGAGUCGAGAUAAUAAGAUAUGCGUAGGAUAGGCGUAGCUAAAACAGAUUGCUCGAUAGUAAAGUUCAGCUUUUAUGACGAAUGCCUUAGCCUAUAAGCAAUGUGACAACGUUAAAACUAAUCGAAUGCGCCUUGUAGAACACAGAGCGUUUCAACUAUCGUCGCCUUUUUUUGUAUAAAAAUGGCUUUUCGUUUGGAGAGACGCGGAAAACAACAUACAAUACAUCAGCCGAGUGGACAAACAAAAGACAAGUAAUAUAUCGUGAAGAUACAAACGACGUUGAGAAUAUACGUACAUAUAUAUAGUUUUUUAAGUCGAACUUUCAUCCACAGCGCCUUAUUACAAUUGCAAACAAGGAACAGAAUCAGCUUUUUGCUAUGACUGUAUUUUACUGUAAAAGCCUACGUGUAAAUAAAGAUAUGGUGCAACAAAGUGUUGUAAAUAAAAUCGA